GUCCCGGGCUGACCUUCUGACGCGUUUCCCAUGGCUGACUCCGCCGGGCCGCGCUCGCCCGGCCUCAAGGCUCGGACGCCCCGCGCUUCCCGAAACGCCUCAGGUGCUAAACAGACAAAUGCUUUAAAACAAGAAGAUGCUUCUAAAAGGAAAGCAGAACUAGAAGCAGCUGUGAGAAAGAAGAUUGAAUUUGAGAGAAAAGCUCUUCAUAUUGUUGAACAGCUUUUAGAAGAGGAUAUUACAGAAGAAUUCCUAAGGGAAUGUGGGAAGUUCAUCACACCUGCUCACUACAGCGAUGUCGUGGAUGAGCGUUCUAUUAUCAAACUCUGCGGUUAUCCUUUAUGUCAGAAGAAACUAGGAAUUGUACCAAAGCAGAAAUAUAAAAUUUCUACCAAAACCAAUAAAGUCUAUGAUAUUACUGAAAGAAAGUGCUUUUGCAGCAACUUUUGUUACAAAGCAUCUAAGUUUUUUGAAGCACAAAUUCCUAAAACUCCAGUAUGGGUUCGAGAAGAGGAAAGGCAUCCUGAUUUUCAGUUACUACAGGAAGGACAAAGUGGCCAUUCUGGAAAGGAAGUACAGCUAUGCACUAAGGCCAUUAAAACAUCAGAUAUUGACAAUCCUGGCCAUUUUGAGAAGCAUUAUGAAUCUGGUUCUUCCAGCUCUCAUAGUGAUAAUAGCAGUGAUAAUGAACAAGACUUUGUUUCCUCCAUUCUACCAGGAAACAGACCAACUGCAACGGGUAUAAGUCCACAGCUGCACAAAAAAAGCAUAAUGAAAAAGAAAGCUGGUCAGAAAGCUAACUCCAAACAUGAAGACAAAGAAGAGACGGUAAUAGAUGUCACUGAGCAGCUAGGCAAGUGCAGAUUAGAUAGUCAUGGGAAGGCUGCUGCUUGUGAACUUCCUUUACAGAAAGUAAGUACUCAGAUUUCUUCAAAUAGUCCUUUGCAAGAAAAAUUAGAAGCUACAGAAAAUUCUGAAAAUAAAUACAGUAGUUCAAAAAUAACUCUAGUAGGCAUAAGUAAGAAAAGUGCUGAGCAUUUUAAGAGAAAAUUUGCCAAAUCAAAGCAAGAUUCUAGGCCAGGCUCUAGUUCAGUGCAGAUGUGUCCUGAAGUUGCAAAGGCAAACUUACUUAAAGUCCUGAAGGAGACUUUGAUUGAGUGGAAGACAGAAGAAACUUUGAGGUUUUUGUAUGGCCAGAAUUAUGCUGCUUUGUGUCUGAAACUUUCUUCAGCCCCUCUGGUUAAAGAAGAAGAACUUGAUGAAGAUGACAUACACUCUGACCUAGAUAGGCAUUUCUCUGCCUUUCAGGAAUCUCAGAACAGCUUGGAUGAGUCUUUACCUUUUAGGGCCUCAGAUACAGCCAUUAAACCACUACCAAGUUAUGAGAACUUGAAAAAAGAAACUGAAACAUUAAAUCUGAGGAUAAGGGAGUUUUAUAGAGGACGAUAUGUUUUGAGUGAAGAAACCAUCAAAUCACAAGACUCAGAAGAGCAUGAUCCCACCUUUCCACUGAUAGAUUCAAGUUCUCAGAACCAGAUUAGAAAACGCAUCGUACUGGAAAAGUUGAGUAAAGUAGUGCCUGGACUUUUGGGGCCUCUUCAAAUCACAUUAGGAGAUAUUUAUACACAACUUAAAAAUCUCAUCCGAACUUUCAGAUUAACAAAUAGAAAUAUUAUACACAAACCUGUGGAGUGGACCUUAAUUGCUAUGGUGUUGCUGUCAUUACUGACCCCAAUUCUUGGCAUUCAGAAACAUUCUCGGGAAAAUGUGGUGUUUACACAGUUUAUAGAGACUUUGCUUGAAGAAUUACACUUAAAGAAUGAAGACCUUGAAAGCUUAACUGUCAUAUUUAAAACCAGCUGUUAACCGGAAUGGUAUAAUCCAUGAAGACCAAAUAGAAGGUAGACUUCUAUUCAUCAUUUCUGGAAUUCUACCUACAAUAAUGUUCCAGUGGUGACUGUUAACUAGCUUUGUUCUAAGAAAGACCUUUAACUCCUUAGAUUUCAGCCCCCUGCUUCCCAGUCCCUAACUGUACAGUGACUUCCCCUUGAUUGAGGAGAACCAUUAUUCCAACCAGGAUAACCAAGUCCCUGUAUUCCCUAGCAUUAAGACAUAGUAUUUUUAUUUACUUGAAAAUGAAAAUUGAAGUCUUAAGUUGAAACUUUAAUUUUAAUGACCUCAUUUUUUUCUGGAUGAUUGCAGCCAUCAUAUCAGUUGACAGAAACAUUUAAGAACAUUCCUAUUUUGGCCUUGCACUCUAAACUCUAGAUUCUAAGCAGCCAGAAAGAGGUCAAUAAAUGCAACCUAAAAUGAAGCCCUUUGGAAGUCUAGUCAUUAUUCUUUUAAAGAAACUGUGUUAUAAAAUGGUCCUGAGCAAUGGAAUUUAUUGUAGAAGUCCAAAACAGGAGUAUCCCAGAAUUUUCUGGACUCAAAGAAAUAAACUAGUUUGUUUUCAAAAGAGACAAUUAUUAGCAUUUACACAUUCAAACACUUACUAAAUUUAACAAAAGUACAAGACUUGGGGUAUGCAUCUGACUCUUGGUUUCAGCUCACACUCAGCUCAUAUAGUCUGCUUGAGAUUUGCUCACCCUCUCCAUAUGCCCCUCCCAUUCCUGGUCUCUCUCUAAAGUAAAAUCUUUUAGAAAAUAUAUUGGAAAAAGAGCACAAGUAGGAGGCAGAGGCAAAGAGAGAGCAGUAGACUCUCCUCUGAGCAGAGAGACUGACAUGGGCUCAAUCCCAAGACCCUGGGUCAUGACCUGAGCCAAAGGCAGAUGCUUAACCAACUGAGCCACUUAGGUGCCCCUCAAAUAAAUAAAUCUUUAAAAAUAAAACGAGGGGUGGAGGGGCCUUGGAUCGCUUAGGUAAGCAUCCAGUUUGUUUCAGCUCAAGUCAUGUUCUCAAGCGUUGUGAGAUUGAGCCCCACAUUCAGCUCAGCAUGAAGUCUGCUUGAGGUUCCCUUUCUCUCUCCCUUUCCCACUCGUGCACUUGCUCUCCACAAUAAAUCUUUAAAAAUAAAAAAGUGGGGGAUCCCUGGGUGGCUCAGCGGUUUAGCACCUGCCUUCGGCCCAGGGCAUGCUCCUGGAGACCCGGGAUCAAGUCCCACUUCAGGCUCCCUGCAUGGGGCCUGCUUCUCCCUCUGCCUGUGUCACUCUGCCUCUCUCUCUCUGUGUCUCUCAUGAAUAAAUAAAAUCUUUGAGAAAAAAAGUAUAA